AUGGAGGGGCUCGCUCUGGAGGGGAGAGGUUCUCUCAAGAGGCGCCUGGUGGCCGGCCAGACUGUAAACCCUGUUCAUCUCGUGCUAGAGUUUGUGGUUUUGCAAAAUCCUGCACAGGCGCGCCCCGCCUUCUGCAUUGACAAUCUCAUUGCGGGGCCUUCACAAAAAGGCAUCUCGGCUUUGAAGCAAGGCUGUCAGAUAUUCCGCGGCAUGGAGUCGAAUCAUGGCGAGGAGCCGACGCUGGGCGAGGACCCGACGGUCGGCGAUCGCGUAUGUGCGUCGUUGGAGGAAGCCAGUCGUCUGGGCAAGGCCGCAGUCGCAACUUUCCAGCGCAUCCGCGCAGCCAUUGCCGCUGAACCAGCGCCCAUCGAUGACGGAUGGGAGAUUAUCAGCGACGAAGACUUCGCUAUCGACAACAAGGGAUCGACAUCUUUCGAGCAAACCCCCGAGAGUCAAACCCGAGAGCCAGUUGCAGCACCGCGGAAUAAUCGCAACAUUGUGGUUUGCGAGAGCAACUCAAGUACGAGACGCCAGAACAGCUCAGCCAGCGGCUUCCGAAUCCAUGUCAGCAAUAUUGAGGCACUCUACGACCAAUGCGACGGCGACCUAGACCCGGUGCGAAAGAAGGUCCUCGCUGCGAAACUGCAAUGCUACAAGAAGGCAAUGGCGAGCCGCGAGCAAAUGGGAUUGGGAUGUGAGAGGGUGAAGAGUACGUGGACGACUUCGCCAACGCACGGUAGUGGGUUCAGCCAAGUAAAGAGAUCCAGCUUCCUGGGACAGGCCGCGCCGUCGGAAGAGAAGAUAGAGCUGGCUGCAGCAGUCGGUCGCAGGGAGACGGAAACCAUUGAGGUGGCUUACAACAAGCCGGAGCUGCUGGCGAGCGUGGACCCCAAUCCCUACGAUCCCUACGACGACGACGCAAUGUACAGCAUCCAGUUCGACCGAGGCACUGCCGAGGGGAACAAGGACUUGUGCCCCAGCAAAGACGAGGAGAACACACAGGAUAUGAUGGACGCUGGCAAGGGGGCACUGGAGGGGGCAGAGAUGUGAGCGGUUGGAGAGAGAGACAUGCCCGCGAGUCCAAUGGGCUAUCUUUUCGUCUCGAUGGUUGCGAAGAGACAUGAUCUUGCGUUUCGGAUUUAGACUUCGGCGUUACACAUAUCGGUUGUCAUUUGACAUGGAUAGGGUAUUCAUGAAACAAAAAAGGCACGAGGGUGUGUGUCAAGGUAGCAAAAAAUGACCAUCAAGAGUUUCCGAAUGCUGAAUGUCACGAGAGUGUCGGUCAUAAAAAGGCACAGACCAACUGGUAGUUGUUUAUGUGG